CACAGCUGUGUAUGACAAUAUAUAUAUAUGAAAGGUAAAACCCCUUGCCCUCUGAGAUUCACCGCUCUGUCACGCCGAUCUGUGCUCGAGUACAUUUCUCCUACAUAUUCUUCAAUUGAUUAUUUUGCGGCAAUCGGGAAAUGCAACAGCCCACUGCUUGAAUUUCAGCAUCAAUUGUUUGAGGAGGGCAUCAGCAUCGCUCGUCGGGUUUUGUUCAUCUCCGGAUAAACUUGAAUUUUGUGUAAAUUUCCGAUGGGCGAUAAUUCCAAGGAAGAUUUCUUGCACUUGAUCAAGCGUGUCUGGGAGUUUCUUACAGUAGAAUUCUUCAAUCUGUUGGACCGCUUGGACUCGCGAUCGAUUGGUGCCAUAGCUGGACUAGCAUUUGCCGUAGUAUUUACUUGGAGAGUAUUGAGAACGCCUAGCGGCUCACAGAGAAGACAGCCGAAAAGGCAAGCUCCAACAGCUAGUAGUUCUAGUGUUGGUAGUGAGGAAAUCAGCGAUCGUUUAUUGUCAGGGAUUAGCAAUCCUUCAGAAGAUUUGAAAACUCAGAAUGUGAUUGAUGAGUUCUUUCAGCCAGUGAAGCCGACUCUUAGCCAGAUUGUUAGGCAAAGGUUGAGCGAAGGAAGGAAGGUGACAUGUCAAUUGCUUGAUAUUAUCCUCGAGGAAAGCAGUCCAGAGCAAUUGCAGAAGCAAGCAACAGUGAGAUCAUCAGUUUUGGAGGUGCUGCUUGAGAUCACAAAGUUUUGUGAUCUUUAUCUAAUGGAAAGGGUGCUGGAUGAUGAAAGCGAAAAGAAUGUUCUCUCAGCUUUGGAAGAAGCUGGAGUUUUUACAUCGAGUGGCUUGGUCAAAGAUAAGGUUCUUUUCUGUAGCACAGAGAAUGGAAGGACCUCUUUUGUGAGACAGCUGGAGCCGGACUGGCAUAUAGAUUCAAAUCCCGAUAUUAUUACUCAAUUAGCGCGAUUCAUCAAAUUUCAGCUUCAUGUUUCGCCUGUCAAGCUUGAUCGACCUCCCCCCAAUGUUUUCACUGCAACAUCCUUGGAACAAUUCUUCGGAUGCACCUAACUUGCAAAGCCAGCAGUUACCGGCAUCUCUCUCAGGCCGGCCUUAGAAGCAAAAAAGACUCCGGGGAAUGUAUGAACUUGAGCCAAAUUAUAAUCUUUUUGAGGAAGUCUUGUUUGUCGAUGAAAAUAGCUCAUUAGUGUACUUGUCGAAUAAUGUACUAUAUAUAUAUACAUAUGCAUAUAGUGUAGAACAUAUGUUAAUGUUCUAACUGUGGUUACAUCGAAUGUUUCAGGUAGGUUAAGUAGACAGCCUCUCAAUUCUAUUGAUUGUUGAACUUGGAUCUAUAGACAUACAUAUACAUAUACAUAUACUAGGGUAGUUAAAUGUGUAUUCUCUCUCCAUGGAUGGGUUUGGUUGGCAUUCAUUGUUGUCUGUGUAGCUUGGCUGCAACUAGACAAUAGAUUUUGGUGCAACUUCUGCAUAGGCUUGCUUCAUCAUACUUGUUGAACAAAACCUAUGAAUGUUUCUCAA